AUGGGCAAGUCUGGACACAAAGACGGCCACGCUUUGUGCAUCUUGAAGAAGCUCGAUAAUGGAAACUGGGACCUGAAUGAUAAAAGAAUAAGAAAACUUUUUACUUCUGAAGAAGUAAAAGAUAAAAAGAUAAUGGUACUAAGUAUUGCGGGUCGUUCACGCACCGGGAAAAGCUAUCUGUUGAACUUUUUCUUACAAUAUUUGAAUGCUAGUGAGGAAGAUCGCCAGAACGACAAGUGGCUGAAACAAACUGAUCCGUCUUUGGGGUUUAGUUGGAGAGGAGGAACUGAGAGAGAAACGUCUGGCAUUUGGAUGUGGUCAAAACCAUUUUUUCUCAAAAAUAAACAUGACGAGACUUUAGCACUAUUUCUUAUGGAUACUGAGGGAUUUUUCGAUGCUCGGUCAACAUCGGAAGAUUGUGCAAUCAUUUUCGCUUUAUCAAAUUUGUUGUCUUCUGUUCAGUUGUUCAACAUUAAAGACCAACUGCAACUGGAUGUUCUCAAGCAAGUGGAAGUUUUCUCGCAGUAUGGGUUGUAUGCCGAAAAAAGCAAAGAAUCAAAACCAUAUCAGAAGCUUAUAUAUUUAAUUCGAGAUUGGCUUUUUGUGGGAGAAAACUGCUACGGAUUUGAUGGAGGCAAUGUAUACUACAAAAAUUUGAUGAACUCUGAAAAGACCUCAAACGAAAUUCGUGAACCUGAGAAAGAUUUUCUGCCACAAGUGCAGUCACUUGUGGAACAGCUAUUCUCAAAAGGAUGGGUAACUGCAAAAAAACUCGAUAGAGAAGAAAUAACCAGCGAGGACAUGGUGACACUCUUUCGUAAUUAUGUGCUAUUAUUCAACGAAAACGACAUUCCACCUCCAGAAGCUCUGUUUAAGACUAUUGGAAACGUUAAAGUCGAGAAUCUGGUUCGCAACUGUAAAGAUUUGUAUGCUGAGGAAAUUUCUAAGGAGUUGGAAUUACGCGGCUUGAAAAAAGAUCCCUGUUUAGAUGAACUUCACAGAUUGCACGUAAAUACAGGAGACGAACAAGAACUUGGAAAGAUGUUUAGAAAACUGCAUGAAAUUGCAAUGGAACGAGCCUUGGAAAAAUUCAGGCUGGUCACCAGAUAUAGUCCUAACAGUUCAGAAAGGGGCAAAGAAUAUGAGUACUAUGAUAUGCUGUACAAACGUUUACAACUAUACAUCGAGUUAGCAUAA